AGUUUGUGAAGAUGAUCCUUCUUCGUUAAAGAAAAGAAAACUUAAGCCUUAUGAACUUCCUGUUUUAGAUGCACAAGGUAGACGCAGAUUUCAUGGGGCUUUCACAGGGGGAUUUUCGGCCGGCUACUAUAAUACGGUGGGCUCAAAGGAGGGUUGGAAUCCCUCUUCCUUUGAACGAGAAAAAAAAUAUAAACCGGAAGAUUUUAUGGAUGAAGAAGAUUAUGGUGAAUUUGGACUUUUGGAAAACAAAAUUGUAACAAAAAAAGCACAUGAAAUCGAUUCCGGGAAAAAAGAAUUUUCGUACACCUGUACAGAAAACUUACUUUCUCCUGUUAAUGAGGGCAUCGGUGUGCAACUUUUAAUGAAUAUGGGGUGGAAGCCAGGACAUGGGAUUGGGCCACGAGUGACUUUUGCUAUGAAGCGAAAACAGUUAAAAAAACACGCGAUAGACGCUCUAGACGACCAACCAGAAUUCGUCAAAGAGCUUACCUUUGCCCCCCACGGGGUGGAUCUAGCACCUCUCCAACCAAAAACCGAUAUGUUUGGGAUUGGCUAUAAACGCCUUAGCAGCGACUCUCUUGGGAGCAUACCAAAAAAAAACUUUUCUGAUAAAGUUCUCUUUUCCGACGUUCUUUCAAAUUCUGCGCGCCAAUCUACUACUAAAAACUUUUGGCUGGGAGCUCUCGAAAAUGCCGAUAAAUACGACGAUGUUUAUGAUUCUGAUCAUUUUUCUCAGUACGAUCAAACUAUUGUUCCAGUAAAACAGAGUAAUGAAAAAAGAAAAAGCCUCGAGGUAAGCCACAAUUAUGAAAGUUUAACGUUUCUCCCUUCGACCACUCUCGACCUUGACGGGUCCGUUUUAUUUCCACCGCCAAAAGUUCCGUCUUCUUUUAGUGAACGCCACGUGUUUACCGACGACAAAGUGGCAUUUAUGUACACUACAAAGAAAAAGUUGUCUUCGGACGAUAGAGGACGGAUGUUGGGAACUUUAGCAGAAAAGAAAGGAUCAGUUUUUUCAUAUUUAAAAAAAGAAAAUGUUGAGCGCCUUAUGGCCUUCCAGCAGCAAAAGAAAGAGGAAAAGGUAAUUUCCAAGUCCAAAACUCGCUGGGAUUCUGAUCAACCUUAUCAGAAACAUUCAAACAGUGAUAAUAAUAAUGAUAUAAAUGAUAAAGAUAAGCAUGAGACGAACAGUACAGAAGUUACUUCAUACAUUUCGGCGGAAGUGGCGAAGGCGGCUUUAGAAAAAAAUAUUCAAUUUUCGACGGAUGAUACGAACAAGCAACAGCGCUACCAACAAUUCUUACAGCUUCACGUGGACGGUACUUUCAAGAGGGAAAAAAUUUGGGGGAAAAGCGCGGGCUUAACAGAGUGGGCCGUUUUGCAAGAACUACAAGACUUUACACGCGCAGCAAUCAUGUUUCAACCAAUGUCAGCGAUCUUUUCAAACCGCUUUGUUUCUGCUACCAUUCAAGACAAUAUUGAGGGCGACGCUCCUCACUUAAAGACGCCUGAAACGCCGCAGGAAGCAGCCGCCCGCCGAGGCACUUAUGGCCAGCUCACACGCACGCAAGAAAUUUGGCUACCAAGUAAGUUGUUGUGCAAGCGCUUGGGGAUCCCAUACAGUCAUGCGACGCCGCCACCACCUAAGUGCCAAUCACGUAAUCCCAUCCUCCCACUUACUUUGUCCGGGCCGCUCGACCCGUCCGCGGCGGCAGCCAUUAGCAAGCCUUUACAGGAAAAUAUUAGCGAAUCCACGUUUGAGGAAUCUGGCGCGAAACCCUCGAUGGAGAUAUUUAAGGCUAUUUUUGAAAACUUUGAUGACGAGGUAGACGAUGAGGAUGACGACGAGCAGCUGACCAAUCCGCUGGAAGAAGAAAAAAAAGAAGAGCAAUAUUUGAAUAAUGCCGAGCAGAAACCCCUGCCUCCACUAAUAAGACCAAUCGGCUCACCGCCCAGCCAACCUAAUAAAAGCAUUCUGGGCCCGUUAAUAAACAUGACUGACCGCUCUGCCGGAAGCCAACCUCCCAAAGAAGAGCCCUCACACGCUGUUACGUACGACUCGGAUUCCGAGUGGACGGAAAAGGAAAUAUUUUCAGAGAAGGAAAGCAGAAAAAAGAAAGAAAAGAAAAAAAAGAAAAAAAAAAUAGUGAAGAAGAAUAAGAAAAAAGACGUCAUUGACGAGUUUCUUAUAGAAAAAAUGAAGACGUUGAAUAAAAAAGAAAAGAAAAAGUUAUUGAAAAGCAUAAAAAGUAAAAAGAAAAAAAAAAAAACAUCGAAAGAGAAAAAUAGUGAACCCCACAAACACAAUACUGACGCUCCACAAGAAAAGCUACCAGAAACAGAACGAACCGGCCGCCGAAUCCGGCCAAAAGCAGCCGAUUUCAUGUAA